AGAUGGAGGACUUGUCCCGGUGGGUUUCAGAGACCGGGAGGUGGGCGAGGAGGUGCUGCUGUGGACAGGAGGAGGACGAGGAGGAGGAGAGAGGAAGGAGCAAAAGAGACGAGGAGGAGGAGGAGAUGAAGGAGCUCAACUUUAAAAAGAGCAAGAGUUCAUCAUCCCUCCCGCCUGCUGAGCUGGAUUUGGACCAGUCUGAGUCCUACCCCUCAGGGUCCCAGCCCCACUGGUUCCACACCCUGCAGGUCCGACGGUACCGAGUUCAGCGAGGGCGCAGCAACAGCGACCCCCUGGGAGGGAAUGGCUGCCAGGACCACAUUGCCUGGAAACCCGGUCUUCAGUUUGGAGCGGCUCAUUCCUACGUCAGUCUGGAGAAACUGGGUGAAGGAGCGUACGCCUCCGUCUACAAAGGAAUCAGCAGGAUAAACGGGCAGCUGGUGGCUCUGAAGGUGAUUCGUAUGAAGACGGAGGAGGGCGUCCCGUUCACCGCCAUCAGAGAAGCCUCUCUGCUCAAAGGUCUGAAACACGCCAACAUCGUGGUCCUCCAUGACAUCAUCCACACCAGAGAGUCUCUGACGCUGGUCUUUGAAUACGUGCAGACGGAUCUGUCAGAGUACAUGAGCCAACACCCCGGAGGACUACACUCACACAACGUCAGGCUCUUUAUGUUCCAGUUGCUGCGGGCAUUGUGUUACAUCCACAGUCGGAGGAUCCUCCACAGAGACCUGAAGCCACAGAAUCUGCUCGUCAGCUACCAGGGAGAACUCAAGAUGGCCGACUUUGGUCUGGCCCGGUCCAAGUCCAUCCCGAGUCAGACGUUCUCCUCGGAGGUGGUGACGCUGUGGUACCGCCCCCCUGACGUCCUGCUGGGCUCCACAGAUUACUCCACAGCUCUGGAUAUCUGGGGAGCUGGCUGCAUCUUUAUAGAGAUGCUGCAGGGGGCGCCGGCGUUCCCCGGAGUCUCUGAUGUGUUUGAACAACUUCAGAAGAUCUGGACGGUUGUGGGCGUUCCCUCUGAGAACACCUGGCCUGGAAUCAGUCUGCUGCCAAACUACGAACCAGAGCUGUUCUUCGUCUCCAAACCCAAACAGUUCAGGACCAUUUGGAAAAGGUUGGACCAGCUGCCGUAUAAAACCGAGGAUCUGGUCCAGAGGAUGCUGAAGGCGGUCCCUGCAGACCGGAUCUCAGCACAGGACGCACUGCAGCACCUGUACUUCAGCACAUUACCUGCUCCCAUCAUGCACCUGAGGGACACUGUGUCCAUUUUUAAAGUUCCCGGUGUUUGUCUGGAGACGGAGGUCAGAGACGUGUUUCGGCCCGGACGGAGGGUCAAACCCUCGCUGCUGCCCACCAACAAGUUCUGGUGAACAGACGACUGUCCUAGCACACCGACCGGGGGGCAAAAAGGACUUCAUUAGACUGAGACCCUGACCAGAUGAGCUGAGGGGCAAACUGUUAGCGUGGAGCUAAAGCCUGACGCUAAGUGCUGCUGCUGUGAUGUUGAUGUGAUUUAAUCUGUUUAUUUGUUGAUUUAGAUCAAAUGUUCCCUCUGCGCUCAUUGUUAGCAUACGUUAGCAUACGUUAGCUGUGUUUAUCAGGCUCUCUUGGUGUGUUUGGCUGCUGAGUUCCCCUGACGGCGUUCAUGAAUAAUGAGUGAAUAAUGUUUGUUGUGAUGAAGAUCCCUGGUGACAAGCGUCGUCUUCAUCACUUCCUGUUAAAGAAAACUUUUAUUUCUAUGAAAAUAACAAACAAACUGCAAAUUCUUCAGGACGACACGGGUAAAAAAAAAAAACACAAAAAUUUUUCAGAUCGACUGAACAGUGACGACAAAACACAACAAAUACGAGAAUCUUUCUUUAUUUGUAUCUAGUUCAUAACCGAUCUACCGAGCACGUCUAAAACAAACUCUUUAAAAUAUAUUCUAUUCAUUCUAUUAUAAUUGUUAUUUUAUUCACAAACAUAGAAGCCAAACGUUUUGUCAUUUAUUGUUUUCAAUCAUGACAAGUUGCAUCGAGGAGCGUCAUCCUCUUAAACAAACGCUGCCAAGGUUUUUGUUGGUCCGGCCCCGCCCUCCUUGAUGACCUCCUUAUAACAACAUAAUUACACAACUUAGACCUCGUGCAGGAUUCUGAAUCAAAGUAAGGUCCACGUUUACAGCCUUGAUCUUUAGUCGAGCUAGUUUUGGUUAGCUCUGCUCUUCCUGAAUGUUUGGAGAGUAUUUUCUUCUUCAUGUGUUUGGUGUUGCCGUUCAUCCAGACGCUGUCGGAGACGACAAUAAACAGAAUCUCUUCUCUGUGUAUUUUAAACACCAGCUCUCUUCAGCUCAUAUGAAGCUUCGCAUUAGCAUGUUUGUGCAAGAUGCUAACAAAAGAGACGUAGUCGGCAAGUUGUUUUGAGAAGUUGAUGUGUAAAUGUUUUUGAAUGUUUGAUGGAUUGUUGAGAUAAAAGAGAAGGAGGAGGA